AUGGCUGAGGCCAUCACCUAUGCGGACCUGCGGUUUGUGAAGGCUCCCCUGAAGAAGAGCAACUCCAGCCGGCUAGGACACGACCCAGAGGCUGAUGAAGAUGGCGAACUCACCUAUGAGAAUGUGCCCCCAGGCACAGGAGGACCCUCGAGCUUGGCUUCCUCUGGAUUACGGGAUAAAGCAGGGGCCCAGUCGGAGCAGCCAACUGCUGCCUGGAGCCCCGUGACGUCACCAGCUGCCGGGCGGAUUCUCUGGUGCCAUGCAGCCUGCAUGCGGUACCUGGUUCUGGGCCUGCUCCUCAUCUGCCUGCUGUGCGGGGUGGCUGCCACCUGCCUGGGAGUGCGCUAUUUGCAAGUGUCUCGGCAGCUCCAGCAAAUGAACAGGGUUCUGGAAGCCACCAACAGCAGCCUGAGGCAGCAGCUGAGCCAGAAGAUAACCCAGCUGGGGCAGAGGGAAGAGGAUUUGCAGGGAUCCAGGAUGAAGCUGGCCCAGAGUCAGGAAACACUACAGGUGGAACAGAAGGCUGGCCAGGCUACCAGACAGCAGUUGCAGGUUUGCCAGUCUGACGGAGAGAAGACGAAAGAGGCCUUGAGAAAUAAGGAGACAGAGAGGAUGAACUUGGAGCAGAGGCUGAACAGUAUGCGGGAAAGACUACCGUCUUUCUUCAGGUGCUCCUCCCCAGAUUCCUGCUGUCCCCUGGGAUGGAUACAGAAUGAGAGGAGUUGCUUUUACAUCUCAGUUACUAAGAGAACUUGGACGGAAAGCCAAAGCCACUGUAAAUCUCUGUCUUCUGAUUUGGCCAAAACCAGCAGCAGUUCUCAUCCAUUUCAAAUUUCUCAGAGUUAUAUCAGAAACUUAUGGAAGGUGGUGCCACAAGGUGGUUCAGCUGAAUACUGGGUUGGCCCCAGAAAUCCGCCCUGGCAGCCUGAUCAUACAAAAUACACUUGGUAUUCCCCAAAAUGUCCCAAGCUAGAAAUCAACCGGAAGGAUCUGGACCUGACGACAGGGGCGUGUCCUUCUUUCUCCUUCCAUCUGUGA